AACAAUAAUGAGAUAAGAAGAGGGGAACAAAUACGUCACAUUAUAUUACUAUGAGCCAUCCAUUUCACCAUAACACAAAACCCCCCCUCAACUUUGAAUCAACUUCUUUUUAGAACAAAAUAAAUUAAUUUUUUUUGAAAAAAAUGCAGACAAUGUUAAACCUUAAUGCAACAUAUGGUCUUCCUCUUACUCUUUCAACCAUAACCCAACAUUUUAUCUUCUCCAAAGAGAUGGCAGAUCAUGAACGGAGGAGAGAAGCCAUGAAAAAGCGAAGAUCAAGCAGCGGUGUAGUCGGCGGUGGCGAUCGGAGGUUUGAAAAAGUGCUUGAAGAGAUCAUGGAAGGCGAGGUUGAUGAUGAUAGAGGCAGUGCUUUUCAGUAUCCGUCGUGUAGUUGCCUGUGGCAAAUCAACUCAGUGCUUUAUUAGUCGAGUUACGCUACUGAGUUCGCGAGUUCAUAAAUCAAGCUGCUGAGCUUUCUAAAUCGAAGCAUCCCCUGCUUGGUUUUUUAAGGACUAAAAAUGAAGCCUAGAUGGAAAGGAAAAGGCUCAGAAGCCAAAGCUAGUGCUGAUCCCAUGUCUAAAAUUGUCUCACAACUCCACUCCUCUUUGAUCCGAUCCGUGGCUCGCGGUUUACUCUUAAGUCGCAAUGUGCUCAUCGAAGCGGAUGCUGAAUUAUUCUAUCUUUUCAAUCGUGCUCGUUUUGGUCGAUCGAGAAUUACAUCUCAAGAAGAGAAACAGUGGUUCCAGUUGGAUAUGGAGGAAGCCUUUUAUUUAUGCUUUUCACUCGAAUGCCUCAAAGGUAUCGGCAAAGAUGGAUCCAUAAAGGUGUCUUACAAGGCUUACUCUCAUCUUCGAUAUAAAAAUUGGGUUGUAAGAUCAGGGUUACAGUAUGGUGCGGACUUCAUUGCUUACCGUCACCUCCCAGCUCUCACACAUUCCGAGUACGCGGUGUUGGCACUAUCGAAAGGAGAUAAUGAACUAAAUGGUCGAUUGAGAGUAUGGUCGGAUGUUCAUUGUACAGUUCGUCUUUGUGGAAGUGUUGCGAAAACGUUAUUGGUUCUUUUCGUAGAUAGUAAUAGCCAAGGUACCAGUUCUCCUUCGUGUUUAGAACAUUACACUGUCGAAGAAGAGACAAUCACGAGAUGGAACCCAGAACAAAGCCGAGAAGAUCAAACAAGUCUCCGGAAUCAAACAAAUUUAGGUACAAUUUAGAAUCUUGCUCCAAAAGAAGCUUAAUGGGCUAGAGUUGGAGAAAACCAUAUGCUCAAUUUCAUGUGUCCAACAUACAGUCGUAUAUAAGUUAUCGUGAUUUUGUUAAUAGAAUAAAUUUAAUGUCAAAUACAAUAUAAUGGAUGUAUUUUAAUUCGGGUUUUAGAA